UUCUUAUAUACUCGUACAAGAGACGUACAAGGACCUCGAAUACUAAAUUACUUAUUGUGAAUGUUGUAGUGAAUAGGAGAUUCAAAGUCCAUAGACGAAAAGCUUGUCAUACCGUCAAUACGAUCAUAUGGAAAACAAUAUAAACAACUGAGAUUCUGGAUAAUACAAUAGCACACGAAAAUCCUUCCUUUUUCUUAUUAACUACCAAUUUUCGAAUCAUCACGAUUCGGUUUUCUUUUCAUUCAUUCACAAACAUACUCUUUUGUUUCUUUGGAUAAGAAAUCUCUUCUUUGCAUUUAUUUACCUUACCUCCCUCCAAAUACUUUCGCAACACCGAUAUAGAAUUACAAAAACCAUCUACGGAGUCCAUACAUACAUACACAUUCUUUCCCGAAAUCGAUCUUUCGAAGAAAUAUACAAAUGCGUUUCUCUCUUUCCACACUCGCCCUGGUGGCAUUUUCCACUUCUCAGCUCGUGGCUGCUCAUACGGUCUUCACGACACUUUUCGUAAAUGAUGUAUCGCAGGGCGAUGGAACAUGUGUUCGUAUGCCUUCUGAUCCCAGCACGGCUACAUUCCCUAUCAAUGAUUUGGAAAGUGAUUCUAUGGCUUGUGGUAAGUUUCUUCUAGAUCGAGAUAUAUGGAUGUGUUUAUGCUAAUAAUAAAUAUAGGAUUCAAUGGUACGAAGGGAGUCGAUCGCGUUUGUUCUGUUAAUCAGACGGCGAAAUUGAGUUUUUUGUUUAGAGAGUAUGCGGAUGGUUCGAAGGAGGGUGCUAUUGAUCCUAAUCAUAAGGGUCCUUGUGCUGUUUAUAUGAAGCGGGUGGCUUCUGCUAUUAAUGAUACUGCUGUUGGUCCUGGUGAGUGUUGUAUUUUUGUUCUACCCGCAUACGGAUACUCGAAGACUUGAAGCCCUAAGAUGAAUACUCGGCGUUCUCUAUUUCAAUCUCUAAAUAAAACUAACUUCCUCCAUAGACUGGUUCAAAAUCUGGGACGAGGGCUACGACAAUAGUACUAAAAAAUGGUGCACGGAAAAACUCAUCCAAAACAAUGGAUACCUCUCCGUCAACAUCCCCAGCGAUCUAGCAGGCGGCUACUAUCUCGCGCGGCCGGAACUUCUCGCCCUCCACCAAGCCGAUAAGACGCCUCCCAACCCUCAAUUCUACGUCGGCUGUGCACAAAUCUAUCUAAAUUCCGCCGAAACAUCCGUUCCGAAAGCUACAGUAAGUAUCCCAGGUUACGUCAAUAUAAGCGAUUCAUCGGUUCUAUACAACAUCUGGAACCCCCCACCAACACCCUACACCAUGCCCGGGCCAGCACCCUACCAACCUGGUAUUUCCGCCACCGACAGCAUCACCGGUGCCAAAGCGGUCAAAUUCUCCGCGAAACAGACUCAGAACGAAGGGCUUCUCCCCUCAGACGCCGUGCUCACGAAUGCCAAUUGGUGGGGCGUCGAAGUCGCUACUUACACGACAGAAGCAGGAUGUUGGAAUGCUAGCUCUGAUUGUUGGAAUCAGACGACCGUGUGCUAUGAUAGUGCGCCGCCGACUGGUGAUAAAGGGUGUAGGGAUUGGGAGACACAUUGUAAGGCGAUUCAGAAGGGGUGUCAGGGGGGGGAUUUUAAAGGGCCGCCUGUGCUUGCGAAGAUGACGGGGACGACCACGGCGCCGGUCAUGAUGGCUACGAUUGCUCCGGCGGCGGAACAGACGGGUGGUGUUUAUGCGGCUGGUUCGACGGUGGUGAGUGCGGGCAGCUUGAAGGUUAGUGUGGAUGGGAGUUGUGGGGGUGGAGAGGGUCAAACUUGUAAGGGGAGUUCUUUGGGGGAGUGUUGUAGUCCGGCUGGGUAUUGUGGUAGUAGUGGGGAUUAUUGUGGCACGGGCUGUCAGGGAGAUUUUGGGGUUUGUGGAUAAAUGAUGAGUGGUUUGGGAGGAGGAUAUUGAUGGAUAGCAUGAUGGCAUUUGAGAUAUGGGACAGAGAGCGUGGUAUCAAGACGUGAAAUUUGGAAUUGAUAAAUACGGUAUGAAGUAUGAUAUGAUAUGAUAUGAUAGCAACGUUCUUGUUGAUCAAAGACGAGGCAAUCAGUCAAUUAUACAUUCAUUCAUAUACUCAUUCAUGACGAAAUUUUCCUGUAUAACAGCAGAAAGGAAUAGCAAGGCAAGGCAAGAAAGGAAAGGAAAGUACAGAACAGAAUUUGACAUACCAUGACCGCACUAAAGAUUAACACUUCAAUUCAAUUCAAUUCAAUUCAAAUCUACUACAUUUUGUACAUAUCUUACAUAUCUUACAA